GAGACAAGAGGGAGAGAGAGAGAAAAUUCUGUGAUAUAGGGGGGCGUUCACCGAACCGCUCAGCUUUGGGAACCUCUCUCUCUCUUUCCAAUUCUCUGUCUCUCUGUUCGAGUUUCUCUGUCUCUGUAUUGGGGUGUGUUGAUGCUUUGAAGUUGUUGUUGUUGUUGUGUGGAAGAUUGAGGAUGAAGAAGAGAGGCGAAUUGGACGUGUUCGUGUCUGUCAGCAGGAAGAGGGCGGUUCAACUGUUGGUGGGUGUGGGGCUUUUGUACGUGAUCUUGGUAGGUUUGGAGAUUCCAUUCGUGUUCAGAACUGGGUUCGGCGCUGUUUCUCAUGAGGGCCUCAAUGGCUUGAUGGGCGACGCAUUGCCUCGCUCGUUUCAGCUUGCGAGCGAAGAGGAUAUGGAAGAAAGGGCCGCCCCAACCCGCCCACUCCAAGUCCCGUUUAGGGUUUCUCAGGGUUUAGCCCCACAGGGCACAAGGCAACUCACCGAGUACAGUGGGGUCUCGGGCUUGAAAUUUCGCCAUUUGGACGUGAAUGCCAGUGGAAAGGAUGGAUUUUCAGAGCUGGAGAAGACAGCCAAGGUGGCGUGGGACAUAGGAAAGAAACUCUGGGCCGACCUCCAAUCGGGGAAAAUUCAAACCGACAUCAACAAGAAUGGGGAUGCUCGACCGGAGUCGUGUGCGCACUCGGUUGCACUCUCAGGGCCUGAAUUCUUAAAACGAGGAAAUAUCAUGGUGCUGCCGUGUGGGUUAACGUUGGGAUCGCACCUUACCGUUGUGGGAAAACCGAGGUCGGCACACCCAGAACACGACCCAAAGAUAUCUCUGCUGAGGGAUGGGGAUGAAUCGGUGAUGGUUUCGCAGUUUAUCUUGGAGUUGCAGGGGUUGAAGACGGUGGACGGUGAGGACCCACCGAGGAUCUUGCAUUUGAAUCCAAGGAUAAAGGGGGAUUGGAGUGGGAAGCCUGUUAUAGAGCAAAAUACUUGUUAUAGGAUGCAGUGGGGAACGGCCCUUCGAUGCGAAGGGUGGAAAUCUAAGGCUGACGAGGAAACUGUUGAUGGUCUGGCGAAAUGUGAGAAGUGGAUCCGUGAUGAUGAUGAUCACUCAGAGUCGUCCAAGUCUACAUGGUGGUUGAACAGGCUGAUAGGCCGAACAAAGAAAGUGACAGUUGACUGGUCAUUCCCUUUUGAAGAGGAAAAACUAUUUGUGCUAACUCUUAGUGCUGGCUUGGAGGGAUAUCACAUAAGUGUCGAUGGGAGGCAUAUCACUUCUUUUCCUUAUCGCACAGGUUUUGCUCUUGAGGAUGCCACCGGGUUAUCUUUGACUGGGGACAUUGAUGUACAUGCCAUAUUUGCUGCUUCUUUGCCCACAUCACAUCCAAAUUAUGCACCACAGAGGCAUCUUGAGAUGUCAAGUAUAUGGAAGGCACCAUCACUUCCUAAUGGACCUGUAGAACUUUUCAUUGGUAUUCUUUCUGCAGGCAACCAUUUUGCCGAACGGAUGGCUGUGAGGAAGUCUUGGAUGCAACACAAGUUCAUUAGAUCUUCAAAUGUUGUCACUCGUUUCUUUGUAGCACUGAAUGCAAGAAAAGAAGUGAAUGUGGAGUUAAAGAAAGAAGCAGAAUAUUUUGGUGAUAUAGUUAUGGUGCCUUACAUGGAUAAUUAUGACCUUGUUGUUCUGAAAACACUUGCGAUUAGUGAAUAUGGGGUUCGCACAGUAUCUGCAAAGUAUAUAAUGAAAUGUGACGAUGACACAUUUGUUAGAGUGGAUGCGGUACUUGAUGAAGCAAGGAAAGUACCUGAUGGUAGUAGCUUGUAUGUCGGAAACAUGAAUUACUACCAUAAGCCCUUGCGCUAUGGUAAAUGGGCGGUGACAUAUGAGGAGUGGCCUGAAGAAGAUUAUCCGCCCUAUGCAAAUGGGCCAGGCUACAUUUUAUCGUAUGAUGUUGCACGCUUCAUUGUAAAUGAGUUUGAGAAACACAAAUUAAGGCUGUUUAAGAUGGAGGAUGUGAGCAUGGGGAUGUGGGUAGGGCAGUUCAACAGCUCAAGAUCAGUGGAAUAUCGACAUAGCUUGAAAUUCUGUCAGUUUGGAUGCAUAGAAGAGUAUUAUACAGCACAUUACCAGUCUCCAAGGCAGAUGAUCUGCUUGUGGGAAAAAUUACAACAAAAUGGAAGGCCACAGUGCUGCAACAUGAGAUGAUAAUUGUGAAGUCUGGUGGUAGAAAAUCUGGUGAAGAAUCCGAAAGACAACAAAGAAGCUUUUUGCAGUCGUAGCAAAUAUAUAUUGUACAUUCAGAGGGUUGGGGCUAGUGAUAUAUAUAUAUAUAGAGGGACUUUUCAAGGGCCUUUCAAAUUCAUUCAUUAUUUCUUUCUCCUUGACCUUUCCAUUCAUUUGUUAUUUUUGGGAAGAUAGUGAAGAAGGGUGGCUCAUAUGAUGCAGGAUAAACAUUUCCACACAAAUCCUACUUCUGUUAUCUACCAUAGAACCACACCCAAAUAUGAAAUUUUCUAAUUACAUUCAUGUUUAUUA